CCCUGAGCGUCUGAAUCCCACAGCAGCGAGAUGGGGGCUCUGCGGUGGAGUGUGAUUGGGUUUCUGUGCUGUGUUGGAAGCGUGUCUGGUGUUUUCAGGGAGUAUUUUAUUGGUAUUAAAGAAGUUCAGUGGGAUUAUGCACCCAGUGGCAUGAACAUGAUUCAGAACAAGACCCUGAAGGAAGAUGCGCAUGCGAGAACGUUUUUGGAGAAGGGGGAGCAGAGGAUUGGUCGCGUUUAUAAGAAAGCAGUGUAUCUACAGUACACAGAUGCCACCUUCAGGCAGGAGAUAGAGAAACCCAAAUGGAUGGGGUAUCUGGGACCCCUCAUCACUGCAGAGGAGGGGGAUACUGUGGUUGUGCAUUUAAAGAACAUGGCCUCUCGCCCUUACUCCAUUCACCCUCAUGGAAUGAGUUACAAUAAAUCCAACGAAGGUGCAUUGUAUCCAGACCAGACAGAUUCAGCAGAGAAGCGUGAUGAUUCUGUAGCUCCUGGGAAGGCGUAUAGUUAUAUCUGGCCCCUGGAGUCUUCUCAUGCUCCUGGCAAAGACGACCCUAACUGCCUGACCCGAGUGUAUCACUCCCACGUCACGGCACCGAAAGACAUUGCCACAGGACUUAUUGGACCUCUCAUCAUCUGCAAAAAAGGUUCUCUAGAUGUACACGGGGAGAAGUCAGGUGACUACCUGUACGCCCUCAUGUUCACGGUUUCUGAUGAAAACCUGAGCUGGUACCUGGAUGACAACAUCAAGACGCACUGCACUGUACCUGCCAAAGUCAAGAAGGACGAUGAGGACUUCAUAGAGAGCAAUAAAAUGCACUCUAUUAACGGAUAUGUCUUUGGCAACCUGCCAGACCUGAGCAUGUGCAUGGGCAAUAAGAUUCACUGGCACUUGUUUGGGAUUGGGAAUGAGGUGGACGUCCACUCUGCCUUCUUCCACGGUCAGGUCCUGACGAAUAGACGGCACCGUACAGACACGGUCAGCCUGUUCCCAGCGACCUUCGCCAAUGUGCAGAUGGAGGCGGACAACCCUGGCCAGUGGCUGCUUAGCUGUCAGGUCAACGAUCACCUUGAAGCGGGCAUGCAGGCCUUUUUUGAGAUCAAGAAGUGUUUCCCCAAUGUCCACAAGCCCCGCCCAUUCGGUGCAGUGAGGCAGUACUACAUAGCAGCUGAGGAGGUCAUCUGGGAUUACGGGCCUACUCAGAUCAACCAGUACACUGGCAUCAAACUUGAGGAUGACAGUAUGGCAGACACUUUUUUUGACAAUCGUGAUGACCGUAUCGGUGGAAAAUACAAGAAGGUCCAGUAUGUGGAGUACACGGAUGAUACCUUUACCAAGCGCAAGGAGAGAACGCCUGAGGAGCAGCACCUUGGCAUUCUGGGACCAAUCAUCAGGGCAGAAGAGGAGGACACCAUAAAAGUCACAUUUAGGAAUAAAGCCAGCCGUCCUUACAGCAUUCAGCCUCAUGGAGUUCAGUACAGUAUUGAAAUGGACGGCACGCUCUACCACAAUGCUCUAGAAGAAUCGUACACUGCCAAAAAGCUGAGAGAACUCAAGAAAGAAGCAAGAGUUAUUGAACCUCUUCCUGCUGCCAUGGUUCGUCCCGACACCACCUUUAAGUACGAGUGGGUGGUGCCUAAAGCUGGAGGCCCGGCUGCAGGUGACCCUGACUGCAUCUCCUACCUGUAUUACUCAGCUGUGGACCCAAUCCGAGACACCAACUCCGGACUGGUUGGACCUCUCCUGAUCUGUAAACCUAAAACCCUCAAAUCAGGCAAACAAAAAAAUGUGAAAAAAGAAUUUCAUAUACUUGCCACAAAUUUUGAUGAGAACCAGAGCUGGUACCUGGACGAGAACAUUAACAGAUAUGCCAAGAAACCUAAAACUGUAAAAAAAGACGAUGAAGACUUUGAGUUGUCCAAUCAAAUGCGCUCGCUAAAUGGAUACAUGUAUGGAAAUCUUAAAGGCCUGACGAUGUGUAAGGGAGACAAGGUCUCCUGGCAUCUCUAUGGUUUGGGUUCAGAGGGGGACAUACAUGGUCUUUACUUCCAAGGGAACCGGUUCCUCUACAGGGGAACCCGUAAAGACACCAUCAGUGUGUUCCCUCACGUCUCUCACACCGUCAUCAUGGAGCCAGACAGCAUGGGAACGUUUGAGGUGACGUGUAAGAUUGCGGAUGAUAAUCAUGUGGGGAUGAGAGCAAACUACACCGUGGAGAAGUGCAGCAUCUUCAGCAGACAGACAGAGGUGAUGCUACACCAGAAGAAAUAUUACAUCGCUGCUGUGGAGAUGGACUGGGACUAUUCUCCCACUCGCACAUGGGAGGAGAAGAUGUUCAAUGGUCUUAAAGACAGCCCAGGCAACCCAUUCCUUAAGAAAGAAGGCAAAUUCAUUGGCUCCAAGUAUAGGAAGGUCCUGUACAAAGAGUAUACUGAUGACACCUUCACCAAGCCUAAAGAAAGGUCUGAGGAUAUGCAGCAUUUAGGGAUUAUGGGGCCAAUGAUCCAUGGGAAUGUGGGAGAGAAGGUGAAGAUCGUGUUUAAGAACAUGGCGAAGAGGACGUACUCUGUACACGCACACGGGAUUAAAACAGAAAACCCGCAGGUCAUCCCAACGCCCCCAGGACAAACUCAAACAUACACCUGGUACAUUCCAAAGACUGCUGGACCGACAGAGGAGCAGGAGGAAUGCAGUGUUGGAGCUUAUUACUCAACAGUAGAUGUUAAUAAGGAUUUCUACAGUGGGCUGAUUGGUCCACUGGUCAUCUGUAAAAAGAGCCUGUUGAGGAAGUUAGGGCUGAAGAAAGAGAUCGAGGAGUUUGCGCUGCUCUUUACGGUGUUUGAUGAGAAUCAGUCCUGGUACCUAGAUGAUAAUAUCAAAACUCAUGUUAAAAACCCUCCCAGCAAAUUAAAGGAGGAUCCGGAUUUUAUUGAAAGCAACAAAAUGCAUGGAAUUAAUGGUCUGGUCUAUGGAAACCUCCCUGGUCUGAACAUGCAGGUUGGAGAUAAGGUUUACUGGUAUCUGAUGGGAAUGGGAAAGGAAAUGGACGUGCACACAGCGCAUUUCCACGGUCACAGCUUUGAAUACAAGCAAAGUGGCGUCCAUCGUGCAGAUGUGUUUGAUCUGUUCCCGGGAACCUUCCAGACGGUGGUGAUGCGCCCUCAGUACCCUGGCACCUGGCUCCUGCACUGCCACGUCACUGACCACGUGAUGUCGGGCAUGGAGGCCACUUACACCGUGCAGGAUAAAGAGGGUCGAAAGGGCUUCCUCGGUUUGUUCCCCGGCUGAUAUACGAGAGGAAGUGAUGACUGAUGAGAAAAAACCUACAGUAAACAAUUUAUAAAUAAAUGCAUUUAAACAUGAA